AGGGUCCGCCCUCUAGUCCUGAAACCUUCUGAUUUCUAACCCUUAGACCCCUUUAGCCUAUUGCUAGUAUUCACAAAUGUUUCCCCACUUGGAGUUUUUGCUUCCUCUUUCCCACUUUUCCUUUUUCCCCUCUUACUUUUUAUACUUGUAUUUUUCUUUCUCCAUCUCUUUUAACUCUAAUUUUAGCAAGCUUUCCAUCCACCCACAUAUUGAUUUUUGCCUUACCUAUUCUCCUUUUUUCCCCAGGAUACUUUUCAUUAUUUUGAAACUCUUUCAGCAUCCUCUACCACUCUUCACAUUUCCCAUCCCCAAAGCACUUUAUGAGUAUUUUCUGAGUUUAAUUUUGUUCAUGGGGAAAUUGAGACUUGCUUUUGGCAUCACUGAACCUAGUUCAUGUCCUGUAGGCUCUAGGAUUCCCCUUUCCAGAUCCAUUUUAUUUGUACUGAUCAAGAUCACUCCAUGGAUGAAAUGACAGCAGUGGUGAAGAUUGAAAAAGGAGUUGGUGGCAAUAAUGGGGGCAAUGGAAAUAGUGGUGGUGCCUUUUCUCAGACUCGAAGCAGCAGCACAGGCAGUAGCAGCAGCAGUGGAGGAGGAGGAGGAGGAGGGCAGGAAUCCCAGCCAUCCCCUUUGGCUCUGCUGGCAGCAACCUGCAGCAGAAUUGAGUCACCCAAUGAAAACAGCAACAACUCCCAGGGUCCAAGCCAGUCAGGGGGCACAGGUGAGCUUGACCUCACAGCCACACAACUUUCACAGGGUGCCAAUGGCUGGCAGAUCAUCUCUUCCUCCUCUGGGGCUACUCCUACCUCAAAGGAACAGAGUGGAAACAAUACCAAUGGCAGCGGUGGCAGUGAGUCUUCUAAGAAUCGCACGGUUUCUGGUGGGCAGUAUGUUGUGGCUGCCACCUCCAACUUACAGAACCAGCAAGUUCUGACAGGACUACCUGGAGUGAUGCCUAACAUUCAAUAUCAAGUAAUCCCACAGUUCCAAACAGUUGAUGGGCAGCAGCUGCAAUUUGCUGCAACAGGGGCACAAGUGCAGCAGGAUGGUUCUGGUCAAAUACAGAUCAUACCAGGUGCAAACCAGCAGAUCAUCACAAAUCGAGGAAGUGGAGGCAACAUCAUUGCUGCUAUGCCAAACUUACUCCAGCAGGCUGUACCCCUCCAAGGCCUGGCUAAUAAUGUGCUCUCAGGACAGACUCAGUAUGUGACCAAUGUACCAGUGGCCUUGAAUGGAAAUAUCACCUUGCUACCUGUCAACAGUGUUUCUGCAGCUACCUUGACUCCCAGCUCUCAGGCCGUCACGAUUAGCAGCUCUGGGUCCCAGGAGAGUGGCUCACAGCCUGUCACCUCAGGGACUGCCAUCAGUUCUGCUAGCUUGGUGUCAUCACAAGCCAGUUCCAGCUCCUUUUUUACCAAUGCCAAUAGCUACUCAACAACUACUACCACCAGCAACAUGGGAAUUAUGAACUUUACCACCAGCGGAUCAUCCGGGACCAAUUCUCAAGGCCAGACACCCCAGAGGGUUAGUGGGCUACAGGGAUCUGAUGCCUUGAAUAUCCAACAGAACCAGACAUCUGGAGGCUCACUGCAAGCAAGUCAGCAAAAAGAGGGAGAACAAAACCAGCAGACACAGCAACAACAAAUUCUUAUUCAGCCUCAGUUAGUUCAAGGGGGACAGGCUCUUCAGGCCCUCCAAGCAGCACCAUUGUCAGGGCAGACCUUUACAACUCAAGCUAUCUCCCAGGAAACCCUCCAGAACCUCCAGCUUCAGGCUGUUCCAAACUCUGGCCCCAUCAUCAUCCGGACACCAACAGUGGGGCCCAAUGGACAGGUCAGUUGGCAAACUCUUCAGCUGCAGAAUCUCCAAGUUCAGAACCCACAGGCCCAGACAAUCACUUUGGCCCCAAUGCAGGGUGUUUCCUUGGGGCAGACCAGCAGCAGCAACACCACCCUUACACCCAUUGCCUCAGCUGCCUCCAUCCCUGCCGGCACUGUCACUGUGAAUGCUGCUCAGCUCUCCUCCAUGCCGGGCCUCCAAACCAUUAACCUCAGUGCACUGGGUACUUCAGGAAUUCAAGUGCACCAACUUCCAGGCCUGCCAUUGGCUAUAGCAAAUGCCCCAGGUGAUCAUGGAGCUCAGCUUGGCCUCCAUGGGGCUGGUGGUGAUGGGAUACAUGAUGACACAGCAGGUGGAGAAGAAGGAGAGAACAGCCCAGAUCCCCAACCCCAAGCUGGUCGGAGGACCCGGCGAGAAGCAUGCACCUGCCCUUACUGUAAAGACAGUGAAGGAAGGGGUUCUGGUGAUCCUGGCAAAAAGAAACAGCAUAUUUGCCACAUUCAAGGCUGUGGCAAAGUAUAUGGCAAGACCUCACACCUACGGGCACAUUUGCGCUGGCACACAGGCGAGAGGCCAUUCAUGUGUACCUGGUCAUAUUGUGGGAAACGUUUUACACGUUCGGAUGAGCUGCAGAGACAUAAACGCACUCACACAGGUGAGAAGAAAUUUGCCUGCCCUGAGUGUCCUAAGCGCUUCAUGAGGAGUGAUCACCUGUCAAAGCAUAUCAAGACCCACCAGAAUAAGAAGGGAGGCCCAGGUGUAGCCCUGAGUGUGGGCACUUUGCCCCUGGACAGUGGGGCAGGUUCAGAAGGCAGCGGCACUGCCACCCCUUCAGCCCUUAUUACCACCAAUAUGGUAGCCAUGGAGGCCAUCUGUCCUGAGGGUAUUGCCCGUCUUGCCAACAGUGGCAUCAACGUCAUGCAGGUGGCGGAUCUGCAGUCCAUUAAUAUCAGUGGCAAUGGCUUCUGAGAUCAGGCACCCGGGGCAAGAGACCUAUGGGCCAAUAAUACCCAUCAACCCCCGGGAUGCAAGUUAGCAUGGGUCCAAGAGACAUGUGGGAGAGAGAGAGCCAUGAGGCAUUAAAAUGCAUGGUGGUGGGAAGAGUUUGGGGAUGUAUACAAAGAAGAGAUGGGGUUCUGACACCCACCCGUAUCAUCAGUGCCUCCUUACAGGUGGGAAACAUCAGUGAAAAUUCUGUUGGUGCCACCCUUUGAUGAGCAUUUGUUUGAUCCCAGUUUCUUCUUAUACUUCUUACCCCAGUCUCCCAUUCCUUCGUUUCCCCUUCUCAGCUCUCCCAUGAUGGAUCCCCCCCCCUUACCUAAAGCCAUCAUGCCUUGAUAAAUAUAUAUGAUCAUUGAAAUACUUUUUAACAAAAAACAGAUUCUAUAUUAUAUAUAUAUAUAUGCAUAUAUAUAUAAAGAUAUAUAGAGAUGCAUUCACAGGGGUUGGCUGGGAGGAGGAAGGAGACCAUUCUGUGACCAAAAUACCUUGGUCAUUUUUUUUUUUUUUUUUUUUUUUAUAUAUUGCCUUAUUUCCUUAGGGCUGAGCCUUAUUGUGACACAUCAAGCUUUUCUGUAGAUGUUGUCUUGGCUUCCCACCAGAGUAAGCAUUUAUAUGCUCUGCUUUUAGUUUAUAUAUACAUACAUAAUGUUUUUCCUUUCUUAAUUUUAUCUUUUUAUUUGGGAUCAGCUUCUUGCACUCCUUUCUUGACUCAACCCUUUCUAUCUCCCCUUCUCUCACCUAAUCACUUCAUGUUUUGUUUUUGGUAAUGGUCCCUGGAUGAGGCACUUCUGUCAAUCUUUUAAAAGCCUUAGUCCCAGCAGCAGAAUGGAAAAACUUGAAGCCUAGUAUGAUGCUUGAGAUAGCUAUGGAGGGCAUGUUCAAAAUACUCCUGACGCAGGCACCUUCAUGGUGCUGGAGAGUCAAAGGCAUCUCCCUUCAUUAGCUCCUCUAAGCAUCAAGAAUCAAGCAAGUCUUUCUGUGGAAUUGUACAAGAGACCAUUUAAACAGGAUAAUCUGUGAUCUGUUUAUAUAAAUUGUCAAAAAGUAGUCAAAUAAAUAAAUAAAUAGGGAAUUCCAAUAGGAAAAAGAUGUGCUCAGAAGAGGAAGUGAUGAAUAGUUGGGAGUUAUUUGGACUUUGAUACCAUUGUCUUCCAAGGUAGCUCUAAGCCUUGAUGUAUGGGCUUCUGAGUUCAUACUCUGAAAGGAAGUACACUUCCUCUUCUGAACAUUCCUGUAGUUUCUUUCCCUUUGUGUUGUUAAAGAACAUCAGCCAAUAAAUCUGUUCAGGUUUCCAUUCUGCAGAACUCCAGAGCAUGUGCUAGUGGCAAGACAGUGGCUCUUAUGAUUUUUUUCCCUUAAUUCUUCCUUAUAUGUACUUGGGUGGUUCCUAAGGGAAAGGGAAGCACAUGAUCAUGGGAAUGAUAGCCCAGAACAAAAAGAAAUCUUGUCUUACCACUGUGGUUUAUAGGAGAGAUUGGGAGAAAUCAUCCUGCUUUCUCCAUGGACUGAUUCCAGAAGAGACUGAUCCAAAAAUUAUAGCGGCAGGGAACUCUUGGUGCAUUUGGCACUGAGAUUUAAAUGCAACCAGAAUUGUCCUCAAAGCCCAGCCAUUAAAGCAUUGUCUCUCUUGACCUUCUGGUAUCUUGUUAGAGAGCUUUUCACUGUGAGGAAGUGUGGAAAUGGCUGUGUGUAUGAGUGUUAUCUGUUAGGUUGGGGAUAGGUUUUCUGUUAGCCAAUAUUAAAAGAGACCUACAAUAAAAAAUUACCCUGAUCUGAUAGAGAAGUGUUUGUGUAUGACUGUGUGUAUGACUGUGUGUUUGUGCCUGUAUAUAUCUACAUACAGAGGAGAAAUUAUAUUUGAAAUUGUUGGAAAAUAAAUUCAGAUCAAAAUGCCUUUCAGGCCCAUUACCUAGAAAUCUGUCUUAAAACCUGGGUAUGUUCCUGAAGUCAUUUCUCUGCUUUUGCUAAAUCAGUUAUAAUUAUGACUGGGGGAUAUUCUGCACUUUCUAAAGAAGAAACUAUUUUUGUGUGAAAGUGAAACCCAUCAUCCAGCUCUAUGGCAGAGUCCUUGUACUUAAAUCUUUUUAUCUUGGCUAUCAAUAGAUGAUGCUAUGAUUCUACUAUACAUUUUAUAUAAAAUCCAUUCAAAUUAAGUUUUGGGUAACUUUAUGCUGUUGUUAAAUUGAAAUAUAAUACCUGUUAAUACUCUAAACAAUAGUUCACUCCAUUUGGUCCUUUCUCUGAAGACAAUACUGUUAUCAACCCUCAGGAACUAUUGCAAGGAACUUUACCCAGAUCGGAUUAAGAAUCCUGAAGUAAAAGUCAUCCAUGACUGUUCAUCAUCACACACUUUAUUCCCACUGAAAGGCAGAACUUAGAGUCGGUUAUUUUAUGUCUGUAAUCAUGUUCUUUGGCAUCUUUUGGAGGAAAGGGACAAAUUAACAUGCUGGAGUAUACAGUAUUUUACUCCAUAGAGCAUUUCCAGGAAUGGAAUCUUCUCCAGUAUGAAAUUAUUAGCUGCAAACUAGCUUACUGAUGCUGAGAACUACAAGCUUUUAGAUGAGGUUAUUUGAUGGUGUUUCUCUCUUGGGUGAAAAGUUGCUGGUUCAUUAUCAUUACCAUGAGUGAAUUUAUAUCCAAUUCAUUGUACUUAUCCUAUUUCUUUCCCACAGAGGAAGCUUUAGAUCCAGCAUCUUGUUUGGCCCACAAAUGGAAUUAACUUCUGCUUCUGUCUCCCAGCAGCAGCAAGCCAUUUAGUCUUUUCCAGGAGAAGUUAGGUGGUUACAUUCCUUGAGUCAGGAGCUCUUUAGUGAAAAUUCCCCUUUCCUGAACUUUAGGCCAGCAGAAAUUAAUGUAACUGACAUGCAUAUUCCGAACAUAUUUUCAUGAUUUAAAAAAAAUUUUUUUUGAUGACCAAACCUUGCAGGGUUGGGCAUACCAGGACUAGUAAAAUGAAAGCACUCAUUGUCUUGUUCUUUCAGGUUGCCCAUUCACAUUCAUCUGCUUAUCACUUAACUGUCUCACUUUUUACCCAGAGAAGUAACAACCCACACCAUCUUCCUUCAGGGACCUCCCAGCUGGCACUCUUGUUUUUGGGUGCUAUGCAGAAUGUAGUUUAAUGGAUAUUUCUCAGCCUAGUUUCAGAAUAAAUAGAACCUUUGAUCCCCAAAAGUAUAGACUGAAGUAUGGGGUAAAGAUUAUGAUUGGGGGAGGGUUGGAGACAAAAGCUGUAAAUUACUAUGGCUGAUUUAUUUCUACUAUAUACAUAUAUAUAUUUUUUGCUUUUGUAUAUCCUAUAUAGGAAACUAAGCAUUGUAUUUUUUUAACAAAUCUGAGAAAGCACUAUGAACUGCAGGUGUUUGACUUUCAGAAUAUAUUUUGUAUUGUUAAAUAUCUUCACAUUGUGUGAAUACUGGAAGCUGCAGAUCUUUGCUAGGACGCAAUAAAUUUAUACACUUUUUGAGGGUUUUUUCCUGGGGUGCUAAUCAGGCCCCUAUUAUGCUUUGGGGGGAGCCCUGGUGCUACAUGCUUAAAGUUUUCAUUCAGUUGUAAGUACCCUGAUGCCUUUUGGACCUUGGGAUCAGAUCAAAAGAGUUUUGGAGAUCAGGUACCAAGGAAAUGAGGACAGUUUGGCUGCCUCAAAUGAUAAGGGGCUCUUUGCAUAACUUUUCUUCCCCUUAGCCAAAGCUGUGUAGCCUCUUGGGGUUGGGAGGAGAAAUGUGAAAUCUCAGAGUUCAUCUUCCCGUAGAAGAGAGCCAGUAAUUUAUGUGCAAUGAUGAAAGGUGGCAGCAGUAGCUUUGGGGGAAGGGAGGAGGAUAUGGCACUUCUCCAACCCCGGAAAACAUUGUUUUUGAGAACUGCUGAUAAAAUAUGGGCAUGUUAUUACUUUUGUUUGGGAGACUGUGUUCUUUCUGGUGCCUGUCUUGGCUCUACUCCGGGGGUGCAGACCUAGGAGGAUGAGCAGACCAGCUUUGAGGUUGACCUAUUUCUUUUCUUUGUCUGCCUUCCGUAAAUACCAGCCCCCAGGAAGACAUUAAGCAGCCUUAAGCUUAAAUUUAUACUCCCUCUUCCACACUUGGCUCACUUGCCUUAGAUUGAAGACCAGGAAAGGAAAAGAAGGGAAGUUCCUGGCUUCAUUCCUCCCCUAGGCCUCCUCCACUUUGAUUUUAACAAACCCAAAAAGAUUUUCUCCACAACAUUCAUUUGCAGGAAAGGAGUAUUUUCCCAUUUGCUCCUUCAAACAGCCCAGCUUUCCUUGUCUAAGUGUAGGGAUUAGCCUUCAUUUAGUCAACCAUGAUCUGUCCUUUAAUUCUCUGAAGUCCCAGCUCAGUAUAAAAAAUAAAAAAGUCGGGUUUGGCUGGGGGUGCAGGUAGUGAGGACUUUGUUGAUACCUCCCCUUGGGACCUCCCAGCUGGCACUGUUUUGGGGUAUGUGCUUUCCUAUUUCUUGCCUUCAGGAAUCACUCUGUGCCUUCUCCACAGAGGAGGAUUGGGCUUCCUCUCCCCAGCUUUGCCAGUAACUAACUGCUCUUGAACAAUGUCAACAGGGGCAGCUAUUCAUAUUUCUGAUCAUCCCUUUCUCCCAGUGGCAUCCCAUGCAUGGCCCUUACCUAGAGUCUAGGGGAAAAAGAAUAUGAGGAGAAUAUCUGAUAUUCUAUACACCAGUGGCAGCUGUCCCAGGGCCUGCUCCUCUUCCCUAGUCUGUCAUCAUCCUGGGGCGAGGGAUGGUGCUUCAAUCUCUGGUGCCUAAAACAAGUUUCUCUCUCUUAACACUGGCAAUAACCAGUCUCCAUACCACUGUUGCCUUUUAAACUUCUUAAUAAUCUCAUGCUGUGUGUUCGUUGUUGAUUCCAAACCAAUUAUCACCAGGGCUGUGUGGGUAAAUACUUUUAAUGGUCUAUCAUCUUGCUCUUUUCCAGCCUACUCUUGUGUAUGUAUGAUGCUAAUUUCUUGUUUUUCAGUUUCUUCCUGCUCCUUUUGUAUCUUCUUUCUUGUUUUUCCCCCUACCUUUUGUCUGGGUGUUUUGGGGCUCUUCCCCCUCCUUUUGUACAAAGAUUAGUUUCAAUGUAGUCUGUAGCUCCUUUGUAAACCAAUUAAAAAAAGUUUUUUUUAAUAAAAAAAA